UUCGAUUUCAAGUUUUGCAAGUACUCGAAUCGGAAGCUUGCAAUAUUUUGUACAUGCUUUCCAAAAGCUAUUGUAAGGAUGAACUACUUUAAUUUAUUCGUACUUGUGAAUAUUUUCCUAACGGCCAAAUUAUUUGUUGUGAUAGGCCAAUUCAACCUGAGUGUUUACAGACAGAUGCCUCCGCUUUAUCAAUUUGAUGAUUAUGAUCGAUGUCUCGAAUCGGACACUGUCACUUCCAAUAUUAGGGCGACUUAUUGUGUUGUUUAUGCAGAAAUAGUAGAAAACGAGACUUCAAGACUAUGGAACCAAAUCACAAGUUUCUCAACAGACAGAAGACAUUAUUUCAGUCAUGAUCGACUAUUUUUUGGGGUCUGUUUAGAACGCUGUAAACAAUUAUUACAUGGAGCGAUAACAUCUCCUCAACAUGAAUUAGUGAAAAAUGGAGCUAUUCGCGAUACUGAGUUAGUUAACUAUUAUUUGAAUGUUCAUAAACGAGAAACUGACAAUCGUAUUCGAUAUGACAAGAUGGUUAAUCGUUGUCUUAAUUACGAUUUUCACCACAACUUUGGAUUAGAAUUGCGUACGAGCAUCGAAUACUGCGAAGAAGCGAAUGUGUACUUGGAACAUGACUCCUUAGAUGUUACUGUUUAUACAAUUCUUGCUAUCAUUGCUUUGGUAUCGAUCUUUUCUACUAUGUAUGACUAUCGUUUAAAGAAGUCGCAAAUUUUAAGUAAACAAAACAACGAAUUUUAUAAAGUUCCACUUCAAUGUUCAGAGCACCAACUAUGGGUUUCAUUUUCAAUAUGUCGCAACUUUUAUCAUAUUUGUGAUUCCUCAAAAAGUCGCAGCCAAACAGCAGAAGAUCUCCGGUUUUUCGAUGGCCUACGUGUAAUUGGAGUAUUUUUGGUGUUAUUCGUACAUUCUUUGAUACUUUUCAUGGCUGUGCAAGUGGAUAAUCCGCAAUUUUAUGAAACGUUUUUUUAUCAUCCUGAAACAGCCAUUUUGGAAAAUGGAGCAGCAAUAAUUCAAAUAUUUUUUGUAAUGAGCGGCUUUUUACUUUAUGUAAAUUUCAACGAAAGAAAAUUUGUUACCAGCAAUACUAGCCUUAUAGAUUGCGUUGUUAUAUAUUUGAAAAUAUUCUUUCAUCGAUAUUUGAGGCUUCUACCAUCUCUAAUGAUGUUGAUUCUUUUCAAUUCUACCAUGCUUGUGCGGCUACAAAAUGGACCAUUCUGGAGGCAUUAUGUGGAAGCCGAGCGCGUGUUUUGUCGCGAGUUGUGGUGGCAGAACCUACUUUUUGUGAAUAAUUAUCUUUUGAAAGAGAGUUGCUCACAUCAGACAUGGUACCUUGCUGCCGAUAUGCAACUUUUUGAAUUAUUCCUUAUAAUAUUAAUCAUUAUAAACAAAUUUCCGAAGGUACGGCUAUUUGUAUAUUCAAUUCUUUUAUUAUUAAUGUUUUCGGUAACGGGAUUUAUAACCUACUUUUUGAAACUAAAACCAAUAUACCAUACAAAUCCAGAGAACUACCGUUAUAUGUUUUUUCGAGAUGCAGAAACUUUUUACCAAGCGUAUACACCGUUCUACACAAAUAUUGGCGGUUACUUCUUCGGCGUAAUUUCUGCUGAAUUAUAUUUGAAGUUACGAAACCAUUCGAAGCAAUAUCGUGGUUUACUAAAAUAUGAAUUGAGUUGGUGGCUAAUAUUUCCUAUAGGUUUUGGUUUAAUUUUUGUUGCCGCAUUUGUUAUGUCGUUCGAAAUCGACGAGCCAUCCAUUUGGACAGCUUUAUUUGCAAGUUUUUAUCGCAAUGUGUGGGCUCUAUUAUGCAGCACGGCAAUACUAGGCAUGUGCUUGAAGUUAGGAUGGAUCGUGUACGAGUUUUGCCGUCGUCCAGUUCUCCGGACUUUAUCCAAGUUAUCAUAUCAAGCGUUUCUUUGGCACUUGGUCGUUCUACGUUUAAUUGGCGGUUUCUAUAGACAACCAAUUUAUAUAAAUCGCUUUUAUUUGAUUUGCCAGAUUGUAGUUGCGUUUGUAUUGACACAAGCCGUUGCCUUUGUUUUCGCACUAUUUUUUGAAUACCCUGUUGCAGCAAUAAUUAAAUAUAUUUUGCCUUAUUAUAAGGACGAAAGGAAUCAAGACAAGAGAGAUGUCUAUAAUUUAAACUGAGUUGUAUUAUGUAAAAAUUAGCACUGUAAAAUUGUGUCAAGUGAUCAAUAAAUAUCUCUGUUUUAUAUAUGAA